UGGCGCGUCUUCAAAGAGCCCCGACGCGUUGUUGCAUUGCCAUCUGCGACGACUGAUGUGCCCAGUUGGCGGAGCGAUACUGCAGAUUUUAGAAGCUGCUGCAUCAUCAUCGCCAAAUUAUCGGAAACCAUCUGUUGGACAUGAGAAAAUAUCAGCAUUGACCGCAUCAGCACUCGCGGCCACACCAAACUAGGAAAUAUGGAGGCUGCGAUCGCACCACAUUUCUUCAACCAUGGGCUGGAACAGGUAUGUCCGACCCGGAAGAGGAGAAGGCGUGCCACUGGUGCCAAAUUCGCUCCUUUGCGACACACGAGUCCAUCCCGAUCACCAUCGUCAACGACGUAAAUGACGAGGUAAUAAACCCCAACUUCCGCUUCAUCGACCACUCCGUCAUCGCCGAUGAUGUGCCCGUAGCCGAGGAUUCCUUCCGGACCGGCUGCAGUUGCCAGAGCGACGAGGAUUGCAUGUACAAUACAUGUCAGUGCCUCGACGAGAUGGCCCCUGAUAGCGAUGAGGAGAACGAUGACGGCUCAGCCAGCCAGCCGCGGCGGAAGCGCUUUGCAUAUCACUCGAGCGGGCCAAAAGCCGGGCUGCUGAGGGAUAGGAUUCUACAGAGCCGCGAACCCAUCUACGAGUGCCACAAGGGCUGCAACUGCUCGCUCAACUGUCCCAACCGGGUGGUGGAGCGAGGCCGAACGGUACCGCUGCAGAUUUUCCGGACCAAAGAUCGCGGCUGGGGCGUCAAGUGCCCUGUCGACAUCAGGGAGGGCCAGUUCGUCGACCGGUACCUCGGCGAGAUCAUCACGAGCGAAGAGGCGGAUCGGAGACGGGCCGAGUCGACCAUCUCGCGGCGCAAGGACGUGUACCUCUUUGCGCUCGACAAGUUCUCAGACCCACAGUCCCUCGACCCCCUGCUGGCGGCACCGCCGCUCGAGGUCGACGGAGAAUGGAUGAGCGGUCCGACGCGAUUCAUCAACCACAGCUGCGACCCCAACAUGCGCAUCUUUGCCCGUGUGGGCGACCACGCUGAUAAGCACAUCCACGACCUGGCCCUCUUUGCGAUCCAGGAUAUUCCCGCGGGCGACGAGCUGACCUUUGACUACGUUGACGGGCUGGAGCAUAUGGAUGACGAUGCGUACGAUCUCUCAAAGGUUGGGGAAAUGACGAAGUGCUUGUGCGGCACCAAGCGUUGUCGGGGUUUCUUGUGGUGAGCAUGUGCCAGGGAUGAAACUGGAAUCAGGGUGCCGUCAACAAACGGAGCGGAGAUGCUGUUCUAGCAGCACCCCGUACUGGUUUGGUUUCAUCAGUCAUGUGCGGAUCUGCUGUGCAGCGAGCAGUGUCUGAGGAGACUCGGAGGCGGGCUCUGUGAUGAGAUGGAGAGCGAUGGCGUCUGGAGGCGCGAUCCGCUUGUUGAAGUUCCUGGGGCGUCGGGAUAUACUCGGUGCCUCGACCCCUUGUUGAAGUGUCUGAGUCCAGCCUACGGGCAGAACAACAGCAGACGGCCGCUGCUGUAUCCUCGCGAGGAUUGUCUUGUCCCAUGGGUCCUUAGUAUCAACCAAAUCGUAAGGGAAAAUUCUCAAAUCAUUGACGCGCGAUCCGUCACAUUCGAGAGUCAGGAAUGAUAGGGGAGGUACGGAUCCGUAGGUUGUCAGCGAGAUACAAACCGUAAGGUAGUGUGAGAAUGGAUCCUGUAACUUAC